AUGGCGAGGCGACGCCGCAGACAGAAUGAUGCGGUCGCCAACGCCCUCCUGCUCGCCGCUCUCGCCUUUUCCCUCCUCCCCUCACUGCGUGCGUCUGCCUCCCCCGUCGCCUCCUUUCUGGACUUCACCUUCUCCGACGCCCUCUGUGGCUCCUGGGCGCGCGACUACUCCGCCCUGCACGCCCGCAUUCGCCACGCUGCUCGCUCCCACGCAACCACCCUUGCACAGACGGCUCCCCCCCUGGACCCCUCCAUCCGCUUCCUCACGUACGAAUGGCUGGACGAGCCGGGCGGUCUAGCCGACUCCCUCACUGGCCUCGCCACCGCAUUCGCCUGCGCGCUGCUCACACGCCGAGCCUUCAUUCUCCGCCACCCGCUCCUGCCGCUUGCGUUCGCGCCGAACCUCAUCGACUGGUCGUUCUCACCUGACAUUCCGAUCGAGCCGGCUCGGCGGAUCGUUGUGAAAAGGGGAGUGUUGGUGAGGCCUGAAUGGGGAGGAGGAGGAGGUGGUGGAGGGAGUGUGGGGGGUGACGGGGGGAGUGGUGGGGAGGAGGGGGGGAGGCGGAGGGAGGGGAUAGUGCAGGAGGGGGAGGUGGUGGUGGUGGAUCUGAGGAACCAGUUUCUGGAGCCCGAGGAGUUCUUCGCGUUGCUGGACACAGCCUUGAACGUGCGGCUGUCGUGGAACAGAGGCCUGCUCACCUAUUGGCUCGUGCAGGCGGUGGAUAAGAAGUGGAGUGACCGCCUCAAGGGCAUGGCCAUGCGCCCUCCGUACGCCUUUGGCUGCAUCCUUCGCUUCCUUCUCAAGCCACAGCCAGGCGUGAUCGCAAAGGCCGAAGCCAUGUACCACCGCCUCUUGUCCACUCCCGCCCCCUCCUCCCCGCUCCGCCAACCUCAUUCUCCAACCGCUGGCCACUCGGGAGCCCCUGAUGGCUUCUCGAGCCACAGAGUGGCGGUGGUGGGCAUUCACCUGAGAGCGAACGACACGUUUGUGUGGCAGGGCAAGGAGGGCUUUGGGGAGCCCAAGGCUCUGAGCGACGGGGAGAGGGGCGUGCUGAUGGCGUGGGCAGACAGCUACAUGGCAUGCGCCGAGGUGGGUGUGGUGAUGGCGGUUGAGGGAUUCACUGUUCUGAUCGUUGGCAUGGCAUUAGGCUUGAGCACGGGUUGA